AUGCCACCGAGAUUAAGUAUUGCUGCCUUCACGCGACCAAUUGCCUUCCGGCCGAGGCCCCAGGUGCAAUGCCCUGCCCGAUCAGCACUUCGACUGCCAUCGGCUCAAUGGCGCCUGUAUUCUGAUUCAGCCAAACCGCCCGCCGCGGACCGCUCCAAGCGAGAAGAUGCAAAGCCGAUUGAGCAUGUCUCCGAAGAGGCUGCUGCUCUGGCAAGGACCAUGGGCGAGGAGGGACCUGAUCUCAGCCAGGGCACACCAAUUGAGGAUGUAGUCAAAGGUGACAAGGCCGCGCAAGAAAACCUGCCCAAGAUUAUGCAAGACAAGCUCAGUUCUCAAAAGUUCAACACGGCACCAAAUGGAGCGCCAAAGGGCUCACGAUCAUACUCGACCAUGACGACUCAGACCAACGCCAACAGUGGAUUGGAUAUGGGCCUAAUCAAUGCCCAGAACGCCUCAAAAGCACCCGCCAUACCAGGUCUCAAAUUCGACAUGCCCACUCUACCACUACCAAAAGACGGUCAUGUCAAGCAUCGCCAUGAUCCAGUAGUCGACCAGGUUACCAAUCUGCUCAUGCGACACGGCAAGAAGAGCGUUGCAGAGCGGAACAUGGCAUUGAUCCUCCAACACCUCCGAACAUCGCCUAUCCCCACCAUCAACCCCUCCAGGCCACUGCUUCCCGGUGCGCCCCCGCCAUCACACCUCCCUCUCAACCCCGUCCUCUAUCUUACACUGGCCAUUGACUCGGUCGCACCCCUGAUGCGCAUUCGAAGUCAGAGAGGUGCAGCCGGAGGAGGUGUCGCUCUUCAGAUUCCUGUGCCUCUGGGCCAGAGGCAACGGCGGCGCGCAGCCAUCCAGUGGAUCAUGGCGGCUGCCUCAAAGAGGAGGAACAUGGGCAGUGGAAAGAACAGCUUUGCCCAGCGAAUUGCGCAAGAGCUUAUUGCAGUAGUACAGGGCACCAGUGGUAUCUGGGACAGGCGCAACGCCAUUCACAAGCUGGGCGUUGCAGCGCGAGCCAACAUUGUGCUUCCUAGGAAGAGGUAA